AUGUUUGGAAUCUCGCAAGUCUUUCUGGAUUGGAGGAAGAAAUUGGCAAUUCUGCGCGGAGCAGGCGAUUGGGACGUGUUAGAACCGCGCGGCGGAAAAGCGGAUCAUGAGAAUCUGACGCCUGAAUCAUGCCAGAAGGGCCGCGCCACUAGUGUGGUGGAAUCGCGGUCAUGCAACGUUGGCUCCGCGGUUUGGCUCCUUGUGCUUCUCGUUCUCGUGCUGUGCAUGAUUGCCACGACUAAUCAAGCUCGGUCGGACAUCAGUCAGCUAUGGAACCUCUCCCCUUCGGUGCGGUUGCCUCAAGCAGAGUGGGAGCGGCCCGGCUGCAUUCUCACUCUCGACUCGCGCUACAACCCCGAGGGGGUGCUGGCUGUGCAGGCGGCUGUAGAGCGGUUGCUGAGAGACCUGGGGGCAGAGGGGGGGGAAGCAUUCAAUUCUACUCAAAAACAAGUGCAGGCGGCUGUAGCGCGGCUCCUGAGGGACCUGGGGGCGGAGGCAGAGGGGGUGGUGGGGGCGACUCAAAAGCCGGUUGAUGCGGCUGUAGCGCGGCUCUUGAGAGACCUGGGGGUGGAAAGGGUGGGGGGUGAAGGAUUAGGGAGAGAGAGGGUUGGGGGGGGAAGGGAGAGAGGGGGAGGGUGUAGGGACGGGGGCAGGGGAUGGGGGACAGGUAGGGCGGAGGGGGGAGAUGCAGGAACGGAGCGGUUGAAAGAAGGAGUGGGAGAGGCCGGGGGGCAGGGGAAGGAUGGGGGGCAGGGGAAGGAUGGGGGGCAGGGGAAGGAUGAGGGACAGGGGAAGGAUAGGGGGCAGGGGAAGGAUGAGGGGCAGGGGAAGGAUGAGGGGCAGGGGAAGGAUGAGGGGCAGGGGAAGGAUGGGGAAAUUAAAGGGAUGUCUGAGGCAUGGAGGAGGUUUUAUGGUGCGCUGCCUAGGGUGGUGGGCGCGGAUGGGAAUGAGGAUCAGCUGAAGAUGCCCAUUUGGGUGGCUCUGGCCGUCAACAUGAUAUACGCGCGGCGGCAUGGGUAUCGCUUCGCUGUGGGAAAUGGGUCGAAAUACACCCAGGAUAGACACCCAUCCUGGUUCAAGAUACCGUUUCUGCAGGAGCAGCUAUCGUGCUGCUGCCAGUGGGCCUUGUUUGUCGACUCAGACGCUUACAUGCGAAUGAACCACCACAACCUCUCAGUCGAAGCCUGGAUUCAAACCAUCAAGCAGCCUAAUUAUUUCGACUGGCUGUUGAGGGCGAAUGUCACAGACUCCUUGGAAGGACAGGUGUGGGUCCCACAGGACCCUGCCCUGCUGCUACAACCGGCCACCGCGCUACAGCCGGAGGGACCUGUGGUGCUGGUACCACGGAACGGGGACACAGUGGGGGGGUAUGAUGGGAGCGCCGAUGUGCUAUUUAUGGAAGGGCACGACUAUAUCAAUGCAGGGGUGAUUUUGUGCAGACGAUCACUCGAUACCUUUGAGUUCUUCAAGCAAUGGUACACGAUCACUGAAGCAGACGAGUUUCAUAGAUAUCAUCACGUGUGGGAGCAGGCAAAUCUAAACACCAUCGUUCGUCAGGAGCAGUGGAAAGGGAAGGUGAUUAUAGUCCCUUACGGCGAGCUGACAGGGCCCAAGGGGGCAAUGAUUCGGCACGUGUGGAGUGAUUUGCCUCAAGGAACACAUCACAAGGUGUCAAUGGAGGCUCUUGAGGAGAUCAUGGGGCUGCCACAGUGA